AUGCCAGCGUGGAGGUCACUGCGGCACAACUAUCGGCUGCGAUUCACCUGUGGGUUGCUAGUUGUUUUUGGGCUUUCUUAUCUUUCUGGGUCAUCCCGACCCCUUCUGUGUGCCUUAUAAGAGGCUUGGAGUCUCUCCUUAGCUCAUAAAGAGCUCAUAGAAGCGACGGUCAUUCUUCUGUGUCUUGCCUCUCAACUUCUUUUUCAUAGUACUACCCUUCUCUGAUCUUUCAUGAACUAGUUAUUUCGAGAAGAGAAGUUUCUAAAAUUAAAAAAAUUUUUCUUUUUUUACAUUUUUAAAUUAAAUCUGAAGUCUUUAUGAAUUUCUUCUCUUUGAUUUAUUAAAUGAUUCUGGAAUUCUUCAAUGUCAGAAAAAAAAAAUCCGUCAAACACCGGUUAAAGAGAUCUUGUAGAAAUUUUCUUGAUCCCCAACUAGGAAGCUGAGACUUUCAAAACUUUCAAAUCACAUUUUCAAAGGAUUUUUCACUUCAAACUAGAAAUACCUCACUUGUUAGAUAUCCAAAUAAAAAGGCCUGCCGAUUAUCGUUUUUUUAACAGUUUCCCGCUUUUUGUCAAGAACGAUUGACGAAAUUUUCAGUGGGUAUGAUUGCUUUGUGUGCCGUUUUCGCCCUCGCGUACAUCUCGCUUGGCCAAGCCGCCGAUACGGUCACCGUAACCAAGCAGGUGUACUUCGAUAUCUCGAUCGGAGGCAAGGAGGUUAGUUCCCACUUGAGUUGGCUUGAACAUGGCUAUGGCGUUCAGGCUGGCCGCAUCGUCAUCGGUCUCUUCGGAAAUGAUGUCCCCAAGACCGCGGAAAACUUCUUGAAGUUGGCCACCGGCGAGAAGGGCUUCGGAUACAAGGGCAGCAAGUUCCACCGUGUCAUCAAGGACUUCAUGAUCCAAGGUUCCUCCGAAAGUCUCCUUCUUUCUAUUCGAUUGUUUUUCUAGGAGGCGACUUCACCCGAGGCGAUGGAACCGGAGGCAAAUCCAUCUACGGAGAGCGAUUCGCCGACGAAAAUUUCGCUCUGCAGCACUACGGCGCUGGAUGGCUCUCUAUGGCCAACGCUGGACCUGACACCAAUGGAUCUCAGUUCUUCAUCACUACCGUUCGUUCCAUUUUUUUUUUAAAUUUCAAACUAUAGACACUCUAAUACUGAAAACUAAUUCUCUUUUGGAGGUACUUGUCUUUAGUCAUCACUGCUUGUUUUGAUUAAAUCUAGAAGGUUGAAAUCACAAAAAAAAAUGGUUUUUAAGAGACCUUGAUGUCCUACAAAAAAAAGGAAAUUCUCGGGACUGAAUAAAUUCACUGAAAUUCUUUAACGGCAUAAGUUCCAUGAGGUCUUAGUUUACAUGAAAAACUUCCACUCAGAACCCAAAUGUGAAUUUAAGAAUAGCUUGAGAAUGUCCUUGUUAUAUUUUUCAAAAGGCUAAUAAAUAAAUAUUCCCAGAAAAAACUUUUCUCUCUUUAUCCUCUAAUUUUUCAGGUGAAAACCCAAUGGCUCGACGGUCGCCACGUCGUCUUCGGCAAGAUCAUCGAGGGCAUGGACGUCGUCCGGAAGAUCGAGAACACCCGCACCAAGGUGAAUUUAUCCGGAGAUUAAGUAAUGUAAUGUUUGUUCUUUGCAGCCAGGAGACCGACCAGAACAGGACGUCGUUAUCUCUGCCUCUGGAGAGCUUCCUCUCGCUGCCCCAUUCGAGACCGACAAGGCUCCAGUCGCUUAA